UGUAGUUCCAUUCUAUGGUAGUUUAUAGUGUUUAUACGAUUGUUUAUCUCUUGUAUGGGUACGUGCUUUUGGCGGACAUGUGAUUUACGUACAUUGGAGUUAUUAAUUUUAACGCGAAAAUGACAGGAAAAUUACUUAUACCUUUCUGUAAGAAACAUUAUUUUGGUUUAGCUCUUAGGCAGUUUUGUUCUGUAGCGUCAGCUGUGGAAACUAAUGUUAAGAGCGCCGAGCCCGAGAGAAGGGUGCCGAUAGUGACGGGCAGAGAACUCCAGUUCCCGCCUCAGUACCAGGCACCGCGUCAGGUGUGGGUGGAGAACUUGGACACGCUGGACGAACAGAAGCUGGGGCUGGUUGAUCUGCACCCUGACGUGUUCGCAGCCAACCCGAGACUCGAUAUCUUGCAGCUGAACAUGAACUGGCAGCGACUGUACAGAUUUGUCAGUUUCGCGCACUCAAAGACGCGGGCGGAGGUGCGCGGGGGCGGGAGGAAGCCGUGGCCGCAGAAGGGCCUGGGCCGCGCCAGGCACGGCAGCAUCCGCUCCCCGCUGUGGCGAGGGGGAGGGGUGGCCCACGGCCCGCGCAGCCCCACGCCCCACUUCUUCAUGCUGCCCUUCUACACGCGCGUGCGCGGACUGCUGACUGCCCUGUCCGUCAAGCUGGCCCAGGAUGAUCUUCACGUAGUGGAUUCUCUUGAAAUACCCACCGACGACCCACAGUACAUGGAAGGACUUAUAGAAAAUAGAGUUUGGGGACCAUCUGUUUUAUUUGUCGACAGUUCUGAUGUGAUGCCGCAGAAUAUAUCCGUUGCAACUGAUACGCUGGGACAUGUUAACCUCAUGCCUGUCUAUGGUCUGAAUGUGUACAGCAUGUUAAAACAUGACACACUGGUUUUGACGCUGUCAGCAGUUGAUACAAUAGAGGAGAAAUUGCUCUAUCACCUGAACAGGACUGAUCAUUCUGUAUUGAAGAAGUUCCAAGUUAACAAGCAAUGAAGUGUAAGACACUCAGAGCUUGAAUCAUCGUUGUUGUCCACGUUUAGAGCUUAAGUCAUCGUCGUGGUCUACGUUUGCAGACACACUAUGUACACUUACGUGAUUUGCAACUCUGCAUAAUUUGUACAUACAGUUCACCAUUUUCAAUUACGAUACUUUUUUUCUGAUACGUGCAUCUUGUUUGUAAUAUAACAAAGUUGUCUCAUUAUAAAAUAAAUAGCUUUAAUUUUGUA